GAGAGCCUGACAGUCUGUGGUCAGGGAAAAUCACGUCCCGGACUCUCAUUGGUUACGUUGCGAUGACGUCUUACGUUAGCCACAGGUCCAUGAAGCGGGAAUAUAGAGCAGUUUUUCCAGUGAACGCUGUUUUUCGUGUCGAUGAAAAAAGUUGAGAGAGUAGUUUCGAGAAAUCCCGGUGCUCCGGUCGUGCUAGCCACGUUACUUUUGAACCGCUGGAGGUUCAACGAAGGAUCCAAAGUUUUACACAUGGCUUGUGAGAAGGAAUUAUGGCAAAAGAUUGGAGAGGGCUUUGUGCAGGAAUAUUAUAACCAGUUUGAUAAUACCAACAGGUUGGGUCUCGCUAACCUAUACUCCGCGGACGCAUGUUUGACUUGGGAAGGGUCACCAUUUCAAGGGAGAGAGGCCAUUGCCGGCAAGCUCGUAAACCUUCCUUUCAAGCGUAUUAAGCACAUAAUCACAGAGCAAGACUUCCAACCAACGAUAGACAGUUGUAUCCUCAUCAUGGUCUUUGGACAGUUACAGGCAGAUGAUGAUCCGCCCAUGGCCUUCCACCAGGUGUUUAUGCUGAAGUCCCAAAACUGUGCAUGGGCAUGCACUAAUGAUGUCUUUAGGUUGGGAGUGCACAACAUUCCAGUUUAGUGUUCCGGAUUGGUUUAAACUACAUGCAUCAACAUCAAUCUCUGAGUCCCUCUGCAGUUCAGUGUCCUCUCAGAGGGAAAUUGUAAAGUUCCUACAUAACAUCAUCAAGCUUGUACUUUCCAUGUGCAAAAUAACAUUCCAGUCUAAUAAACAAAUUUAAUACUAAGAUGUCAUUUUUCCUUUAAAUGUUUUUUAUGUUUGUCCUCUGACAACUGUAAUACAACAAAAAAUUUAGAA